AUGCAGCAUGUUCCAAUGUUCGGAUAUCCCACUCCGCCAGCAUCACCAGCAUUCGGUCAGAGGUGUGCCAUUCCAAACCAGUAUCAUGCCGCCCACCACCAGCAACCGCGAUAUGUGCCCGUUGCCCCCGAGGAGAGGUUAGGAAAGUUCAUCACGCCCUCGCUCCAGCUGACGGGCAUCGCGGGAACCGGCGCGUAUGGCGUCGUCUACUCUGCUGUCGACAUCCACACCAAUGUUCGUUAUGCCGUCAAGUGCCUUAGCAAGUUCAAUGCCGACGGGACCCCGCUGGAUCGUCGUCAAGUCGCCUUUCAGACCAGGGAGAUCAAGCUUCACUACACCGCCUCAGCCCAUCCCAACGUAGUGUCCAUGCUCAAGAUCAUCGACUUUCCUGACUGCACCUACGUUAUCCUCGAGUACUGCCCCGAAGGUGACCUGUUUUACAACAUCACCGAGUGCGGCCGCUAUGUUGGUAAGGAUGAACUGGCCAAGAGGGUUUUCCUCCAGAUCCUGGACGCCGUGGAGCACUGCCACAACCUGGGGAUUUACCACCGGGACCUGAAGCCGGAAAACAUUCUGGUAUCUGACCAAGGAGAGACUGUCAAGCUGGCAGAUUUUGGCCUGGCCAUUGCCUCGGAGCGGUCCGAUGAUUACGGCUGCGGCUCAACCUUUUACAUGUCACCAGAAUGCCUGGACCAUUCGUCAAGGAGACCUUUUUAUUAUUGUGCCCCCAAUGACGUCUGGAGCCUUGGCGUCGUCCUGGUGAACCUCACCUGCGGGCGCAACCCGUGGAAGCAAGCAUCCCAUGAAGACUCUACUUACCGUGCCUACGCGAGAAGCCAGGAUUUUCUCAAGACUAUCCUUCCCGUAUCGGACGAGUUGAACGACAUCCUUGGAAGGAUUUUUACCCGGAACCCGGAUCAGAGAAUCACCCUCUCCGAACUGCGGGCGAGGAUACUCGCCUGCUCCCAGUUCACCGAACAACCGACAGCACAGGUUCUGUCGACGCCGCCGGCCUCGCCGGGGCACACCACCGUUUACGUUGCCGAUGGAUCGGCUAUUGAAGACGACGACGAAUUCGACUACGAUGAGCCGCUCUCCCCUGCUUCGUCAGACGGAGAGUCGACAUGCUCGUCCGACGAAGGAUCACUCACCUCGUCAUGCUCAAGCAUCGGAGACCUCGAGGAGGACGAAGACGACUUGUUCGAGGACAUCCCAGAGGCCAAGACCCCGCCCAUCUACGAGGCACCAGAGGAACCCAGAGUUGUGGCCUACCACCCCCAACAGGAGUAUAUGCAUCCAGUGCAUCCAGUGCAGCCCUUGCAUGUCCCUGUCCAGCCGGUAUGCGCGCCACCAAAGUUCCAACAGUUGCACCAGUAUGUCUGGGACAUGUUGAAGUUUGCUCAACCACCGCAGCUUCACCACCCGGUUCCAUUCCAUCAUCAGGUUCCCUUGUUUGCCAUGCAAGGUUGCUACUAA